AAAAAUAUUUAUAACCAUGGACCUUGUCAUGCAACAUAUAAGGUUAAAACAUAAGUUUAUGUUAAAUUCCACUAUUACAUGUAAGUUUGACAAUUGUGAUGAUCAGUUUACUAAUGUUUAUUCUUUACGGAGACACGUUCUCAAUAAACAUAUAUCAGAAACAAAAUUAGCUUCAAGUAUAACUUCAAAGCAAAUAAGUGAUAUUGUUUUUGAUACAGACGCUUCUGAAUUUUCUGAUGCGACUUCAACUAUUUCUAAUUUUAAUUCGAACAAUUCUAAUGAGGGUCAGGAAAAGAUUUAUAAGACGAUUGAAAUGAAUGAUUCCGUAAAUGAUGAAAAGUUUGAUAUUGACAUUUACCAAUCAACUGUUUUUAAAUCGGCUCUUUGUACUGUAGUAAAACUGUAUGCUGACUUAACAUUAAGUAGAGAAACAAUACUUAAAAUUAUUAAAACUGUAAGUGAAACUUAUUUAGCAACGAGUAUACAAGCUUUACAACAGUGUUGUAAAAAUAACAAUAAUUUGAACAUUUCUUUAAACAUAAUAAAAAAUGGUUUUGCAUUCCUUAAAUCAGAGAGAAAGACUUUCAAGUAUUUAGAACAAAUAAAUUGUCCCUUUUGCCUAAAAAUAUAAUUGUUCGGACAUAUUUGAAUUUCGGAAAAGUCAGAAAAAUUUCCCAAAACAAAGUUUAUUGUAGUAAGUUAAGUUUCAUUCCCUUAAAAUUUGUUUUAAAACGUUUUUUGGAACUCCCAAAUGUGUUCGAUGCAAUAGAUUUAUUUGUUGUAAAAUGCAGAAUAAAUAAAGAUUUACAGUAAGUUUUUCAAGGACAAUUUUGGGAAUCUGCGUUAAACGAAAUAAGUGGAUAUAUUCUUCCUUUCAUAAUUUAUUUUGACGAUUUUAAAAUCAACAAUCCAUUGGGUUCUCAAAAAUGUAAAAAUAAACUUGUGGCAGUGUACUGCUGUAUUCCAUGUUUGCCACCAGAAUAUGUGAGUAAGUUAGAAAACAUAUUUUUAGUCCAAUUGCAUAAAUAUGAGGACCAUAAAUUGUUAGGCAAUAACAAAAUUUUUAUUAAUGUUAUUAAUGAAAUUCGAGAGCUUGUGAGUCAUGGGAUUGUUAUAAAUAAAAAUGAUAAAGAGAAAAGGGUUUUUUUCAAAUUAUGUUAUAUAGUAGGGGAUAACUUAGGUUUAAAUACUAUUCUUGGGUUUAGUAAAAAUUUUAAUCAGUCGUAUUGUUGUAGAAUAUGUGUAGCCACUGAAGAACAGAUACAAAAUAUGACACUAGAAAAUUCCCAAUUUUAAGGACAGUUGAUAAUUAUUCAGAACAUGCUUCUAAACAUUCUUUUUGUGUAAUUAAAAAAUACAUUUUCAAUGAUAUCCCUGGAUAUCAUGUAAUAAACAACGCGUCAGUUGACCCUAUGCACGAUAUACUUGAAGGCAUUUGCCGUUAUGAUAUGGCUAAAGUUUUGAGCAAUCUCAUUGAUAAAUAUAAGUUCUUUACUAUAGAAAUAUUAAAUGAAAGAAUUUGUACUGUCAGUUCAAGUCGUGAUAAAAACUUCCGUUUUAAAACAUGAAGCAAUAAAAAAUAAAAAAAUAAUUCUUACUGCUUCGGAAAUGCAUUAUCUUGUUGAUAAUUUGGUUAUUUUUGUUGGCGAUUUAGUCCCUAUAGGAAAUCCGACGUGGAAACUGUAUCUCAUGAUGCGUCAAAUCACUAAUAUUGUUUUAUUCGAUAUUAUUUCUAAUGAAAUAAUAAAUGUUUUUUCAUCCACCGUCUCGCAAUAUUUGAAAUUAUACUUGGAGCUUUUUGAGGGUAAACUCAGAAUAAAACAUCAUAAUUUACUUCAUUAUGGUCAGCUUAUGCGUAAAUUUGGCCCAUUAAAACAUAUGUCUUCUAUCCGUUUUGAAGGCAAGCAUAAAAUGUUUAAGAAUAAUAGUAAAGUAGUUACAUCGCGCAAGAAUCCAUCCUAUACUUUUGCUGUUAGGCAUCAGUUGUAUCUUUGUAAUAGAUUUAUUAAUGACGAAGGUUUUUCAUUACAAGUGACUAAAGGAGCGAUACAAUCAAAAUUAUUUUUAGUUGAAGAUUUUGAUAACAUUAAGCAGAUUCUACCUUCCGAAUCGUUUUAUGAUUAUGAUUCAAUUUCAUGGGUUAGGGUCAAUGGUACAUUUUACACAAUCAAUAAUAUUAUAAAUAUGAGUAAUAACUUCCAUUUUUCAUUUGCAAAAAUUAAGUAUAUAUUAGUAAAUUCUCUGAAAGAAGUUUAUUUUCUGUGUCAAGCAUAUUCUAAUGUUUGUUAUUGCAACCAUUUUCAAUCGUUUGAGGUAAAACAAAGUAACAAUUGGGUCACAAUACAGCAAAACAUACUCGUAGACUAUAAGGUUUAUAAAAAACAUUUCUUGUCUAAUGAAAGAAAUUAUAUUCCAUGUACAUUUUUUUCUUAGUAUAAGCAAAAGAAGUUGAUUUGAGUUCAAAAUAAAAAUGUUACUAUAAAUAAAUGUUUAUAUAUAAAU